GGACCUCUGGAGUUCCUCUCCUCCAACAAACCACAAAGCACCCGCGCGACCUUGGUCUGCCCCGUCUCGCCCAAUCCCAUCCCCCGGCUGUCGCAACCUCGUCGUGCAACCAGAACCCCUCGAGGCCCCGACUCCAAUCAUCCGCCCUCGCCCUCUCCCGACCCUCGUCUGGCCGUCCGCCCGCACCGCCGCUCGCUCUCCUGCAUCCGCCAACGCAUUAACGCAUCCAUGCUCGCUGCUGCGGUUGGGGCCCUUGGUCGAGUCCCGCCCCGUCGCGACGCCCGACGAGCAGCCUGACGCAUGUUCGUCUGGCACCCCGUCGUGGCCAGGUCGUCACCAUGGAUCCGGACCCGGAUGUUGACCUCUUGACCCACGACGCCGUCCACGCCGCUGUCGUCGCUGCGGAUGCUGCAGGCGGUGUUACUCCAUCGUUUGACACCCAUAGUCGCACUCACCACGCCUCCCCUCACCACCACCACCACCUCCUCCAUACUUUCAAUCACCGCCACUUCAACCUCGAACAUCAAGACUACCCCCAGGGUCAUCGCCACGACCUUGGCGUCGCCUACUACGACGACGAACCGAACGAGUUCCACCAUGACACCGACCGUCUGAGCCCCGACCACUUUUACAGGAGUCAUUCCCCAGACAGCGAUCCUGACGCCAUCCCCAUGGCCUCAUCUACCGUUGUCCGCCCUUCGCUGCGCUCAAACGGCGACGGCACCACCCCUCGUCAUCCAACCCUCGCCGCCAACCGCACGCUUCCUCGAUCAAACAACGUCCGCGCUGUCUCGAGUCCCGUCGACUCUCGCCAACCAGGUUCGAGCGCCUGGGCGACACCAAAGGGCAAGCCCAGCGUCAAAGAUCUGAAGAAGAAGUUUGACCAAAACGGCGGCGUGUCAUCCAUACCGCGAGCGCCACUGCGUCCGGGGGCAACACCGCCACACCAUGCGCCGACUGGCAAGGCCAACGCCGUUGCGACCGCGUAUUCGGAGCUGCGGACUGGGGCGAGUGCAAGAGUGUCGUCUACGCAAGGCCGUAACGAGCAUGCAGCAGCGCGGGGUCAACGGUCGCGGUUCGUCGCCGAGGAUGCCGUCUCGAGCAAUUCACAAUCUUUCGCUAGCCGUAUCGGCAAGCCUCGAAGCUUAGCCAACGGCAAGAUGCCCGCUUCCAAAUCCAUGACACAACUGUCUCAUGAAGACCCGCACCGACAACCUCAACUGCUGCAGCAGCCACCACAGCCACCGUCUCCGCCCGCGAACGCGCGGUCACACGGCCUUCUCUUCGGCGAGAUUCUCCCCGACGAGCCAGAUACAGCUGCUCUCGGCUUCGGAAUUGAUCGAGUACGGCCACAGCGGACCCCAGAUUCGAGAUGCUCGGCCGCAGCUCAUAACCGCAGCUUCUCGGAUCCCGAACUCGAGCCGCCCUCCCCGAGUACCUGGUAUCGUCAAAACGCGACGGAACAAAACGUCAUAGACGCGCCAAGAGUCCCUCCAGCCGGCCACAGCCGUUCGCAAAGCGAUGCGGCUGCCUCUCACUCCGAUGCUCCAACUCUCAACCUCCGGCAGCCGCUCGCCCAGUCUAUCACCGUGCCCGCUGGUCUGGGUCAACCCAGCACCACCUCCAAAUUGCCCGUCUCGAUUCGGAAGCCAAACAGCCCUUCCCCUUCCAGCCCUACUUCGACUCGUUCUAGCUCCCCCACCGCAGUGAAGCGCUCACAUGUCGCUGCAAGGACCUCUCGCGCCAAGACACCGACGCAACGUGCCACGGGUCGAAGGCCACCUCCACCAAGCCUCGGUGUUCCUAACAGCUCACGACUUCAGGCAUAUAUAGCAGCCCCCCCGCCAGCACUGUCUCCACCGCUGCGGAGCUCGCGGCCCCGGCAAACCGUCUCUGCGGCCACGGGUUCGGGCUCCCGGGAGAAGGAAGCGGGCGGGGCUAAGGCUCGGGACCGCUUCAAUCCUAAUGGAACGGCAAAAGGCGGUGGCGAGACGGCUAGGCGCCGUAAGAUCUCGAUCGGGCCUAUAGACUUUGAGCAGCGGCGGGAACACAUCAGACUUGCUUAUAGCAAGUCGAUUCGUGAGAGCCAAGCACACGAGGCGAGAAGAGAAGCUGCCGAACGGAGGCAAAAAGAUAUGGAGAGUGCGGCAAAAGCCAAACCCAAGGCUGAAGGGGAUGCUCGAAGGGCAGAGCCAUCAGGCAGCUCGAGACCUCACAGCAUUUCCGAACUACACGAGAGCCCACAGGACGGAGUCCCAGAUCACGGCCCCGAGAUUGGGUCGGCAACAACACCGCCUGCGAAGCAGACUGCGGAGACGUCUGCCCACGCCCCUAUCCCACCCCUGGUCGUAUCCACGGCCGAAUCCCUGGAGUCGGCUCCCGCUGAGCCUGCAACUCCCGACAUCGAUUCGCCUACACUGGGGGUCCCUGGUAGCUUCCCCUCACUCAGCCCUCCUCAGCGCACAGAGAAACGACCACUUUCCAUUCUAUCGGCAACAUCAGAGACAACCGAGUUCGAUGGGGAGCCUCAGACUACUCCACCAACCCAAGCGCAGUCUCCACUCGAGGUUUCUGCCGCGGCUUUGGAACCAGAGCCCUCCCUCCCUAAGGCCCGUGCGGAAUACCAUUCUCCCUUCGAAGAUGACGCGGACUUCCACGACACACCCGUUGCCCCAGAGCCGACCGUUUCAGCCAGUGACAAUGUGUCUGAUAUUGUGGAGGCCAACGAGCACAUCGUCCCUGGUGCGUUUACGGACGAGGCUGAGAAUACCAAUUUGACACUUCACACGCUAGCCUCUCAUGGCACGACGGUCACAGUGGUACCAGCAACUGAUGAAGCAGAGGCAGUCGACCCCGUGGCCGAUACUGUGCCCUUUCCCCGGAUGGACGUGCAGGAUGAUUCGGACUGUCAGUCCGAAUCGGAUGGAGCUCGUGGAGUCUACAGCGCUCCGCCUGAUGACGACGCGGCGACGGAUGCUUGCACCGAGGAAACCGACGAACAUGACAGGGUCGCAUUGCUUCGCCCGGACUUUGGGUAUGUGGAUCAGCUCUCGUCGCAUCGCACGUCCACAUGUGCCUCGUCGGACGCAGACGUCGGCCAGUUCGACGACGAUAUGUCGUCAAAUGAGAUCAACUCGUCCAACCUGACGGUACCUCAAUCGAGCACGCAACACGACAGGCUGAGCCGGCAGUCUGCGUGGACAGACUACUCCGUUGGCAGCACGGACCCUUCAGAUGUCGCAAGAUCCACGAUGCACAGCCAGGAAGAGUCUCCUGUUUUUGGUCACGUCACCAUCUUCGAGUCCAUGACGACUGCGCGCGAGAGCCUCUCAUCCUAUCGCGCCAACCAGUACGUGUCGGACACGCGGGAUGCCGCUGACUCAACGAGGUCUUCGUUGCAUUUCGGUAAUCACCAGCUUCCAGAGCUGGACACCGGAGGGGGAUUCUCUAUCCCUUACCUGUCUACUACGCCUGACCCAGCGUUGACAUAUCUUCCAUCGCCAAGCCAUGAGCCCCCGGCAGUACCGAGCUCGGCGCUUGGCUCGGCGCUCAAUUCGAGAACGUCGAGUGUAUUCUACGAUCAGUCGCAGUUCAGCAGCACACUGAUCAACUCUGAGCGAGGGAGUGACGAGUAUCUGGCCCAAACGGAAACCCCGCAGUCCAUGGAGCCUGCAGAACAACUCUUCGGUAGCCGCACAACCGUCGAGAGCGACGUCAAAUCUUCACUCCAAGAACCAGACGAGCCCAGCGGCAAGGAGCGUCACCGACUCGUACAACGGCGAAACGUCAUCAAAGAGCUGGUCGACACCGAGGCCGUCUUCGUUCGCGAUAUGAACAUCGUCGAAGAGAUAUACAAAGGCACUGCAGAGGCUUGUCCGAAGCUGGACAGCAAGACUGUCAAGCUCAUAUUUCGCAACAGCGACGAGAUUAUCGAUUUUCACACGGCUUUUCUCGCACAGCUCAAGGAUGCCGUCGCGCCUGUAUACAUGCCCAAGGGUGGGCGGACGCCUACGCUGAGGGAAGACUCCAGCAUAUUGUCGGACAAUAGCCAGCGGAACUCUACAGACCCCAGCGAUGUCAAGGACCGUGCGACAUUGCUCGGGUCUGCGUUCCAGACCAACCUGGAGAAAAUGAAGGCUGCUCACGAGGGCUUCCUACGCAACAGCGAUCAAGCCGCCAAGCGCUUGAUACAGAUUCAGCAGGACGCAACCGUCAAGGUGUGGUUGAACGAGUGUAACGAAGUAGCAAAGGACUUGACGGCGGCGUGGGACUUGGACUCGCUCCUCAUCAAGCCCAUGCAGCGCAUCACCAAGUAUCCAAACCUCAUUAUCACCUUGCUGCAGCACACCCCGCAAGACCAUCCCGAUAGAGAGUCGCUCAUGGCUGCCAAAGACGCACUGGAAACAGCCAUCAUUGAGAUCAACAAGACCAAGAAGAACUUUGAGUUGGUCGGACAGAUCGUCGGCAGGAAGAGGAAGGAGUCGGACGUCAGAGCGGGAUUCGCAAGAGCCUUUGGCAAGAAGGUCGACAAGCUUCAAGCACCGAAUAGCCGCGUGCCGGAGGAUGUCGAGUAUGCGAAGCUAAACGAAAGAUUCGGCGACGACUAUUUACGUCUACAGGUUGUCCUCCGCGACGUGGAAUUCUACACGAGACAGGUAUCGGCGUACGUGCACGAGUUCCUUCAGUACAUGUCAUCGAUCGAGCUCGUCAUGCGACUGCAACCCGGCAGCUAUCCCGAGCUGGAGAGCAAAUGGGUGCAAUUCAACAUCUCGGUCCGCGACUUGGAGAAGGUUGCACUAGAAGACCAUCUCGCCCAAGUCCGCAAGCACGUCAUUGAGCCGUUUGAGCACGUUAUCAAGGCCUAUGGCAACCCGUCGUUGGCCAUGAAGAAGCGCCAGAAGCGCCGUCUGGACUACGAGCGCUCCGAGCUACUAAAGCGGGCAGGAAAAUCAGUCGACCCCAAGCUAAAGGAGCUCGUGGAGCAAUAUGAGGCCCUCAAUGACACGCUCAAGAAGGAGCUGCCAAUGCUUUCCUCUCUUACUGAGCGGGUUGGGAACAUCUGCCUCGGAAACUUUGUCAACAUCCAGGCCAGCUGGUACGGAACGUGGAGGGACAAGAUGAAGACGGUGCUCAGCGACAGUCCUGAGAUGCCCGAGCUCGACGAGGUGGUGGCGACGUUUCAGCGCGACUUCCCCUAUGCCCACGAGCAGGUGACAAGUAUUAGCAUCCUGAAUCCCGCGAAAUGGGGUAUUUGGGCCAGGAACUCCCAAUCAACGACGACAAGCCUGGAUGACUCGACGCUCAGGUCGCGAUCCCGACCCUCGGACGUUGAGACGCGCGAUGGGGAGGUCUCGACGAUCAGUGACACGGCACCGAGCUUGCCUUCGACCGACUUUGGCCGGCGCCGAAGCGGGUCGCUGACGGGCAGCACAGGGCUCGGAAACGGCUCGAUGCCUAAUCCGCACCAAUAUUACUAUCGCGACUACUACUCUGGUCUCCAGUCACAGCAAGGGAGCUUCGCCUCACCCAAGUCUCCGGAGUUGGCGGGCAGCUCGCGGUCGGCGGGAGGAACGGGGGCGACGUCGACGCGACCAAGCACGGGCCGCAGCUUCGACUCGGCGGGGGUGCAGAGGCAGAGCUUGGAGUCGAGCCAGGCGCCCAGACGAGACUCGACAACGACGUACAACUCGAGCCACCAACCGCAAGAGAGUCGUAGGUUCUCCAAUCUCUUCCACUCGGCUCUGCCGCUACCGGACGGGGCCGAGGAGAGCCAGCGGUCAUCAAGGGCGUCAUCGCGCGAGAGGAGGCGUGCGUCGGAUGGAUAUAAUAUCCUCUGGCUGGCGGCGUCGCUCUUCGAGUUCAAUAUUGCGACGACCAAGCACGAGGCGGGGUAUCCCUACCUGACGUAUCAGGCGGGCGAGAUAUUCGACGUGAUUGCGGAAAAGGGUGAGCUCUGGUUGGCGAAGAACCAGGACGACCCGAUGGACCAAGUUGGAUGGAUCUGGUCCAAGCACUUUGCAAAGCUAGCCGAUUCAUGACAGCGCGACUUGAAACUUGACACGACGGGCGUUGGCGCUUGGACGGGAAAAAGUACCACAAAGACAAAGACAGAGAGACCGAGCAGGUCAAGGCAUCAUACAAAGAUGAUUGUACAAACAGCAGCAGGGGGGAGGGAGCUCGGCGUUGAGAUGGCAAUGAGCGGGAUUUCGAGCCCCAAUUUGGCUUCUGCCCAGGAGGCAUGACGGACUGGCGGGCGAGCGAGGACUGACUGCUUUGCUUCGAGCGGCAAGGAUUUGUUGACGGUGCCUCGCACGGAGGAGACUUUGCCCGCGUCCCGGCCGCUUCAAAUGUUGCUCGAUACGGGUGUUGGUCUCUCCGCGAGGCUGAUACGCAACCGGUUUAAGGAGACUCAGGACACGAGGGACAUGGUUGCGGGCGUUGACGACAGCAGGCGAUGGCGAAAAACAUCACGGCUGCGGCGUCCCUACACGAGAGGAGGAGACGCUAGCCAGGUCUUUGCCCCCUUUUAUUUCCUUUUUCUUGUUCAAGAUACCACCAAUUUUGUACAGCAGCAGAGCGCUGGUUGAUAGGAGUGUUGCAACGCGGUGGUGCUGUAGACGAGCCACUUCAUUUAUCUAUUGACGUGUAGCCGCGCGAGACAGUCGUGCUCUGCAUUGCAACGUUUUGCAAGUAGCCCCGUAUAUUG